UGCGCCGUCUUUACAUUCCUCUACCUAUGCUUCGCCGUCACAAAUUCAACAAUGUUUCGAUUGAACCGCCGAAAGAACCACAAGUUUGUAAUAUCAAUGUUCCUGACUGGAUUCUGUAUGGCGAGAGUCGUCACUUUGGUUCUCCGCAUUGCAUGGGCAAACCGACAACACAGCAUUGGCCUUGCAAUCGCAGCAAACAUCUUUGUAAAUGCAGGAAUACUCAUAAUCUACAUCAUCAACUUGAUCCUCGCACAACGAAUUCUACGAGGAAAGCAACCUCGCAUUGGAUGGCAUCCGGUGGUGCGAAUUACAUACAAGAUCUUGUACUGCAGCAUUGGAGCUGCCCUUGCGAUGGUCAUCACUUCCGUGGUUGUCUCUCUCUAUACGCAGAACACACAUACCCGGUCGAUCUGUCGAGACAUCCAGCUCACUGCUUUGACCUACCUCCUCUGUUUCACCUGCCUUCCACUUGUCCACCUUGCAGCAGCUUACUUGUUGCCAAAAUCGGAAGAGGAGACCUUUGGACAAGGUAGCAUGAUCAGCAAGACGGCUGUUCUGGCAAUGACAUCCUCUCUCUCGUUGUUGAUCACAGGAUUCAAAGCCGGUGGAGCAUGGACUCCCCCACGGCCAGCGACCAAUCCACGAUGGUACGAUUCGAAAGCAUCUUUUUACGUGUUCAACUUCACUCUUGAGAUUUGCAUACUGUGCAUCAUGGUAUUUGGCAGAAUCGACCAGCGAUUCUACGUUCCUGAUGGCUGCAACGGGGCUGGGGAUUACACUCGGCUUCAACAGCAGGCGGAGGUCGUGAGUGCCGAAAAGUCUGACGAUAUAAAGGAGAGAGGAGAGCUCUGAUACAUCCUGCCAAUGCGGGCGUACACUUCAAUUUCGGGGCUACAUUGGAGGUUCAGGGAGAGUUGGUGAGGAACGUUGAAUAUCAGAUCUUUUCGAUUUGAGACUGUAGGAAUCGAUGUCUAAUUAAUAAUAAAUCAAAGUCAAAUUUCAUUUCUCC